CCACGUGCAAACAGGAAUGACAAUGCAGUAUAUCUGAUCUUGUGAGUUUUCCUGUCACUGGAACAAUCCGAAGCGAUGUCGACCAUUGACGAGAGGCGUUGUGCAGCAGUGAUUGGAGCUUUGGUUGCAGAUGCAGCCGCGGAGCCCCUGCACUGGAUAUACAAUGAUGAGACACUGAAAGGCAUCAUUGAUGGAAAGGAGGAGAUUGAGUUUCUGACCCCUUCAUCAAACCCUUUCUAUGAGGUUGAAACUGGGGAGCAGAGUUGCUAUGGUGACCAAGAGUUGGUCAUUCUCAGGUCCCUUGUGACCAAUAAAGGGAUUAAUCUGGCAGCAAUGAAGAAAACCUUGUUUGAAGUGUUUGGGCCUGGGUCGGUGUAUGAAAAGGCUGUACAAGAAAAGGAAAAGACAGGGGCAAAGCGUCUGAAGGGACCGUACAGGAACGGAAGUGUGCGGGAAUUCCUCAAGAAAUACAGCGAGGGAAAAGCCAACACAGGUUCCGACAGUGACGACCAAAUGGACUGCGUGAUCAGAUCUAUUCCAGUGGUAGCUCUCUAUGCAGGGAAACCAGAUAUGUUGCAGAAGGUGGAGGAAGUCGUCAGAAUCUCCCAUAAUGCCCCAGUAGCUGUUGCCUGUUCUCUGUCAGCAGCAAGGUUGCUGGAAUACUAUAUCGUCCAUGGGAAGAGCCCUGAUGCUGUGGAGCAGACGUCAUCCAAGCUAUCUGACGACCAGGCGGGAAAACUACAAGAGGUCUUAAAGAAGAAAAACACACCCCACAAUGAAGUUGCCAAGGCUUUUGGCAGAGCUUGUUCGGUGCCAGGUGCAUGGCAGACGGCAAUCCAUGCCAUUAUCAAUGCCAGUGAUUUCACUGGACCAGUGAGGACCACCAGCAGAGCAGGGGGAGGUAACUGCUCCAGAUCAGGCUACAUCGGCGCCUGUAUGGCAGCACAGUAUGGUUUAGACAGCAUUCCUGAGUCGUGGAGGUCUCGAACAAAUCACUACACCGAAAUCAAGAACCUGGCUGAAGAGCUUAUCAAACUUAUGUAAUAUGUCCUUCAACACAUUUCCUGUCCAGCAAUUACCAUAGAGUCAUCAGAGAUAUUGCCUGUGGAUAGGAAUAGGAAAUCUUGUCCAAUCAAAUGCAGACCUCAGAUACUCUGUUGUCCAAUCUGCAUAUUCUAGAAACAACGUGGUCACACCAUUAAUUUAUAUUUGAGACAUUUUGCCUAAAAUCAGAUUUUUUAUUAGAACUUGUUCAAUUUGUAAGAAAACACCUACUGGGACCAACAGGCCCAUCCAUGAGCCAACAAAAUAAGUGAGGAUUAUGGGAUGAUGUUUACAUACAAUGGAUGGUUCUUGUAUGAAAUGUUGCCAUAGUUACAACUGACAGUAUUGAAGCUUUGUAUCCCUGCCAGUGUUACCAGAGUUACAGGUGACGGUAUUCAGCUUAUGUAUCCCAGUUAAAGACAAUGAGAUUAUUGGAGAAUAUAAUCUGAAUCUAUAUAAAACCUGAGUUUCAAUGAUCAACAUUUAUUUACCAUCCCCAGGACCAAUCUCAAAUCCUUCGGCCAGAGAUCAUUCUCAUUCUGUGCUCCUUCUCUCUGCGACAGUCUUCCUUUUGAUAUCAAAACCUCCCCCAUCUUUAGCUGUCUUCAAGUCCAAACUUAAAACCCAUCUCUUCUCCAAGUACUAUCCUUGAUACCUGCACUUUGAACAACCUCAACGGAAGGAAAAUAGCGCGAUAAAUGCACUUAUUAUUAUUAUUAUUAUUACAGGCAGUGAGGAAUUAGGGAUUAUUAUCCCAGACGAUGGUACCAGAAACAUGUAGUCUGUUAUUCGGAGUGUGUUGCUUGCUAUUUUACCCAUAGUGCUUUUGAAACAAACUUUAUGAACAUGAAUGCUUGCAAGAGACGUCUGAUCAUUGAAUCCAUUAUUGUAACAAUGAGACAAACAUUCUUCAGGGACAUAGCAGACAGUGGGUGAUUCAAUUACCGGUAUUGAAAACAAAUACUAUUAUGUUUUUGUUUGAGGAGAUCGCUUUUCAAUCGAAAUAUUGCUCAAGAAUUUAGUCUUCAUUAUCCUGCUCCCUUUCGAUUUUCAGUAUGACAAAAUGACAGUAAAUAUUCCAGACGAACAGCUUAUAGAGUUCAUAUCUAUGUCCUUAGUGCAAUAUUUAUCAUGCUAAUAUGAAUAUAUUUUAUUGUUCUUUGUUACACACUAUACUUUUCAGAAAUAAAAAAUUAAAAUAGA